CUACUCAUUCUUCAACUUCAAAAUCUAAGGAAAGAAAACACCAUUUGCAUUUGCAACCCACCUAACUUUUUUCUUUUCUUGGUCCCUCUAAAAUUUGAUAAUCUUCUCUCUCUCUUUCUCUCUCUUUCUUUUUCUCAUCACCCACCCACCACCACCAUUCCAACUUUUCUCUCUCUCCCUAUCUUUUUCUCAUUUUCCAAACAACCAUUUUUCUCCCUCUAGAAAAUAUUAACUAAUCUUUGCUUCUUGCCGACUAUAUAUACCACCUCCUACCACAUCACUUAUUAAUAUACUUGCCCACCACCUUUUCUCUCGUUGCUUUGACAACUCUCAAUCUCUCUCUAUAUACCUUUUUUCUCUUUGGUGUCUCUCUCUCCUGAAACACAAUCCUGGAUUUGGGUCUUCUUUGUCCCCUCUGAAACCAAACCAAACCAAACCCACUCUUCAUUUUUCUCAUUGGUUCACAAUGGAUAACAGCAUCAACCAUAAUAGGAAACGAGCCCGAAAUGACUCGGACGACCCAGAAACAAAACAUACCCAACUCGAGUUCAAACUCGUCCGAGUCGACUCGAGUCACUCAGUUGCCUGCCCGCCCGAGUCGGGUUCCACCGUGUUCGACUCGACCAACUCGGAGGUGAACUCGGACGAGUCGUUGACUCCGCAGCCUGUCCGGGUCGACUCGGACGAGUUGGUUAUAGAGUCGGAGGAGGUUAAGCUGAUCCAAGACGACCUCCUCAACAUCCUGGACGACUCGGACACCGUUACCGACCGUGACCCGGCGAUCCAGGACCUUGACUCGGUGAUUAAAAGCUUCGAGGAAGAGAUACAGGUUCCGGCAUUUCCCGUGUCCGAAACGACGUCGUCUCCAGGCGGGUCGUCGCAGCCGGAACUAGGUUACCUUCUAGAGGCUUCUGACGACGAACUCGGCCUCCCGCCGACCAAUGGAGGAAGCGAGGACGGAAAGUUGGAGGCCGCUGAUUUUACGUCGAGUGGUUCGGAGGCGGUUGGAUUGGACGGGAUGCUAGGGUUUGAGAACGACAUCAUUCCGAGUUACGACUCGUUUGAGUUCGGAAUUGGUGGCGACUGUAACUUGAACAACAAUUAUAAUGGCGGGGCGGAGUACGUGGCAUUAGGUGGGUUGUUUGAUUACUCGGAUGGCAGCGUUUCGGAUGUUUCGUGGCGAACCGAAUCGCUCUCUGCUCUGUAGGAACGUUUCGGCGGCAAGGCGGUGGGGGUGUUUUUGUUUACAACCCCGGACCGCUUUGUUAGACGUGUAGCUGUUUAUAUGAUAGGUUGUAAACUUGACACAAAGUAAAAGACAAGAACAUGGAAAAUUUUGAAUUUGAACCCAACA